AGUGCAUCGCUUCCGGGUUAGUGAUGAAGUUUUGCAAUGGUUCUCGGCCAGCUGUGGGAUCUCCCUGUCCUCCACUGCAGACCCCCCGCUCUGUGCAAUGAGCAAUGAUCUCCCCGGAGCGCUGCAGUUGCAUCGUCUCCGCGUCCUUGGUCAAGGAGGUGAAGGAGAUCUCGGCUGGCGAGUGUCAACGGGACGGAGCCUGGGGCUGCAGCGGCUUGCUCCUCCACCCCAGGCGCCGCUUGGUCCUUUGCCACGGACAGACCUUCUUCCCCUUCCUCCGGCGGCCGAAGCGAAACCUCGGCCGCCGGCCCUUCCUGCUCCCUGGAGCUUUCCACGGCGACCUCCAGAUCCAGGUGCAGUUCCCUGCAACUAGCUACUCAACCCAGCCCGAACUCUCCAUGUCCUUGGCUUCCAACGACACAGGAGCACUGAAUUCUGAAUCAGAACCCCCUAAUGUGGAUUACAGACCUAGACUGCCCUCAUUGACUCCUGGCCAAACCAAGGACAAGAGUUCCAGCCCGGCUGAGCUGCUAAUGGUCUUCUCAUGCCAAGAAUUUGGAGAUAUCUUCAGAACCUUGUUUAGCAAAUCAGACAAGUGGUACUUCUACAGUGAGGACAGGGACCAGCAGGUCAAUGGGGACCCUCUGGAUCUGGCCUGGUUUGCCCUGUUGUGGUGCCCUGGUUGGGUGGAUGGAGGCAGCGUCUGUGGGGAGGAAGCCUUGAGGUAUGUGAGGAGUGAGUAUUUGAGCAAGGGCCAGCCUCUCUACAGUUGCGCAUCACCCUUCGCCUCUUUCUGCUCCGAGAUCUUCAUGAACACGCUCAGUCAGGGGAUUGUGAGCAACCUGGCAGGAGAGAGGAACGCCCUGAUUUUAACUGAUGCCCGCUGCUUGCCAGGCACUGAAGGGGGUGGCGUGUACAUCCGAUCCCAAGAGCUGUACUACCUGGCGGGAUUGAUUGUGGCACCUCUUUGUUGGAAGGCCAACGACUGGGUCGGCCUGACCUUGGUGUGUUCCAUCACCUGCAUCUUGGAGACCAUGAGGAGGAUUCUGAAUGGAUUCGAGAUAUUUGGUCCCCCGACCCUGACUGUCCCAGGGAGUCACGGGUUAGCCCGGCUGCUCGGCACGGCAGCCCUACUGGAGUCCAACAGAGUUUGGGGAUCAGGGGUGAUUGUCAGCCCUAGACUCAUCAUCACAUGUAGACACGUCUUAGACCGGGCGCAGUCUGUCAGAGUGAAAAUACAGUCGGACUCAAACAGCUGCCUUGCAUUAAAGGGAAGAGUGGUGUUUGCCACAAAGGAAAACUCACCCUAUGAUGUGGCAGUGGUGGAACUGGAAGAAGAUCUCUCAUCCAUUGAAAUACCGACCAUUGCUUCUGAUUUUAAGACGGGAGAGGACGUCUACGUCAUCGGCUACGGGGUUUUUGGCCGUGCGUGCGGGCCCUCAGUGACGGCCGGGAUCUUGUCCGCUGUGAUCACGAUGGAGGAGCGGCCGGUCAUGCUGCAGACCACCUGUGCUGUUCAUGCUGGGGCCAGCGGUGGACCCGUCUUCAGCACCAGCAGUGGACAGUUACUGGGGAUUGUUUCCAGCAACGCUCGCAAUAACAACGGGGGAGCUACCUACCCACACCUGAACUUCAGCCUUCCCAUCACCGUCCUGUGGCCCGUUCUGUCCGCCUACAACCAAACGAGGGACGUUGCCGUCUUCGAGGAGCUGAACAGAGGCAGCAAAAACCUGCGCGCACUCUGGAGACUCCAAGGCAGCACCUCAGUCCCACAGAGGAGCAAACUGUAACUGGCUGUCAAAGGUAGACACAAAAAUGCUGGAGUAACUCAGCGGGACAAGCAGCAUCUCUGGAAAGAAGGAAUGGGUGACGUUUCAGGUCGAGACCCAUCUUCAGACUCCUUCUCUCCAGAGAUGCUGCCUGCCCCGCUGAGUUACUCCAGCAUUUUGUGUCUUAUCUUCGAUUUAAUCCAGCAUCUGCAAUUCUUUCCUACACACUCUGGCUGUCGAGUGUGCUCCCUCAUCUCUGGCCGUGACAGAAAUGGAGGGGAGAUCAUUCCAGGAGAGUUGAAAUGGCAGGAGUUUGGUUUUGACUCAAUUUGCUGUUAUCUGGAAUAUACUGCAGUCAGUGUUUACAGAUUAUCUCAAAUCUAAGAAACAGAGGAAUAAUUGUGAAGCAGUGAUAUCAGGGUGCUUGGUUCAUGAUAGGGAACUGAUUAACACUUGGUCUCCAAUGUAACUUGAAUCUUUGAAAUUGGCUGUUGCUUGGAUUCUGAUUCAUUAUUGUGGCCACUUCACUUACUAGCGAACACCACUGUUCUGGUUCAGUCAGCAGACAAUCCAGAUCUCAACCCCUCCAGUCCCUACACCCCUAAGUACGAUGCUAAAUGAGCGCCACACUCUUGGAGGUGCUGAUCUUAAACUGAGGUUUGCCCACUUAUUUUGCCGGUUCAAGCAGAAAUCACAGACGGCUGAGAUACUUUUUAAAAACACAGUACAGGGAAUUUUCCAGCUGUUCUGUCAGAACAUUACAAGUAGGCUUUUACCCCUUCUAGCAUGUUCUGCUAUUCCUCAAGAUCUUCUACCUCAAUUCCAAUUUCCUUCCCUGUCCCCAUUUCUCUUGAUCACCUUCCCCUCAAGAAAUCUAUUGACCUCCGUUUUAAGUGAAUCUUCGACAGGAUUGUGAAGUUUCGCUGUGAUCUGGCUGAAGAUGUUUCUGCUCAUCUCAGUCCUAAAUAGCCUCUCGUAUUCCCAAUACUGAAUGUACGCUCCUCAGACAAAGGAAGCAUCCUCCUUGCCUCUAGCUUGUCGAGCCCUAUGAGAAUUCCAGUUACUGAAUUGUCCAAUUAUCGUAGUCAGUUGAAUUUUAACUCUGUUGCAAGACUCCAGAAAUAUCGCUCCAACCCAAGGUGACAAAACUGGGAACAUAUCACAUUGAAACUGGGUCAUUUGCUAUUUACAGAUGAAAUUGAAAAGUUAUUAUACGUUGGUAUCUUGAAGAGAUAGGAACAUUUCUGAGGCUACAUUUUCUGCACUUUGAACUGAAUGACAAAACAGUCCACCCUCUGAAUUUAAUGAUUUAAUUCAAAUUUCCCAGUAUCCAAGAGAAAAAUGUAUUGUUAAUUUUUCACUUUUCUGUAUUCUGCUCAGUUCAAACCAGGAAAUAACAUAAUAUGGGUAGCUUGUAACAACAAAAAUAAUUUCACUGUACCUUACCACCCAUGACAAUAAACUAAACUAUCAGGAA